UCACGGAAGAAAGGGAAACGCCAACGGAGAAGACUUGUGUCGCGCAAAAUAAAGGCAAAAAUCUUGUCCAGUUCGGUUCCGCUUUAUCUGAGUGAAAUUCUGUUGGGGGAAGUGUUGUGUUCAGUUGGAUUUAUGUGUAAUCGCGACCAUGACCUACUACAGCAUUCAUAUUCCGUCGAAAACGGACUCCGAAGAUGAAGGCGAUAAGGCGCUUGUUUUCACCGAUUUCGAGGAAGCCUUGAAAGUACUGAAGACCCACAAGGAUGCCAGGCUGAAGACCUUCAAGAACAACCGAGAUGCGCUCAAAUUCUCGCAAAUUGGAUUCGAGAGCUGCCCGAUAAAGACUAGUGGACUGAAAUCUCCUUCAGCAGCAGCAGCGGCCGCCGAAAAGGCUGCCUUCCGAGCACCAACAAAACAAGAGCUUAUUCAAUUUCGAAAAGCAAUCGAAGAUGACAAAUAUGAUCUCGUCGAAAAAACAAUUUGGGAAAACCCACGAUAUUUAGUCAACGUCGGAGAUACUCCAGCGAGCCUUAAGGACGGCACCCGAUACAAUGCUCUACAUGUUUGCGCCAUUCACAAGCGCCCUCGAAUUGCAGAAUUAAUAAUAAAAACCAUCAGCAAAGUUAGUUUCAUAGAAUUGCUGCAUGGAAAGAAAAAUGAGAAAGUUUGUCAAGAAGUCUGUGAGAUUCUGCUCGAUUACUACCUAAACAUGCCGGAGAAAGGACGAAGUGAAACUCCAUUACAUCUAGCUGUUAAAUUUGGGGCCGUGGAAGUCGUUGAAGUUCUGACGUCUUAUCCGCAGUGUAAAAUGACACCUAACUUGGAUAAUAUGCUGCCAAAAGAUAUUAUUUGUUCCAGAGUAAAUGACGCGAAGCAAGAAGUCAAAGAUAAAAUUGCGAGCCUUUUAGAUGAACGUUUCUAUGUUCCUGUCAUACGUUCUGUUGACAACUCGUUGCCGCCAACGAUUGGAGAGCCUUUUUCAGUGACAAACCCACCAGAUCUCAACAAAGACCCAAUGAGCCCCGAAAGAGAAAUUCAAGCGUACGCCGGUCCAAUGAACAAGGAGCAAGCACAGAGUUUCCGUCGUCGAUGGAAAACACCGCCACGCGUGUCUUCAAAUUCCACGGGAUCAAUUGCUAGCUAUCCUGCAAGUCCUUUGAAAUUCCCCUGUAGCAGUACACCUCAGAAAGCAUCUGAAAAUAAUAAUCAUUCUCCAACGUCAGUCAGACACUACCCAGUCAACAAUCUCUUUCCAAAUAAAUCAUGCGGCAGUGAGCUUGACGACAGCGUCAACGGGAAUUAUGAAAGUAAAAAACUUUCGCCUGAGGAUGUCAUUCAAAACAACAACAUAGGAUCUGAAAAAUCAGGUGGACUUCUGUUCAAUACACCUCUACGACUCCAGAGGAAGGAUUUGUUCCUAACAUAUCGCGAGCAAGGCAAAUCGCCUUUGAUAUUGGAUAGUGUUGGUCCUGGAUCACCAGAAUCAAACAGUUCUGUUCUACUCGAAACCGAUGUGCUCCCUGAUACUCCACUGAAAGAAAGACACUUGAAACUCAGCGACACCGAGAAGGGCUUAGAACUGAUUGGUCGCGAGUUGGCCAAGGAGCAGCAAGUUGAAUGGAGAGAAUAUUGGGAUUUCCUUGGUUGCUUCGUAGACAUCUCGUCUCCAGAGGGCUUAUCGAAACUAGAAAAUUAUUUGAAAGAGCGUAAAGAGAAUGAAGACCGGCAACAGAGCAAGUCAACUAAAAAGAAAAAAGAAGAUGCUAUCCUAGAUGGUCUGUGUAACGCCUUGAAUAAUUUCGACUUACAGAAAAAGCCUCUCAAAGCGAAUGCUCCAAUCAACGCGUCCAAGAAAUCUGAUUUUAAACAAAGUGCGAUAAACCAUGUGGCGUCAACCGGCAACCAAACGUCUGCUCCGUAUUUAUGUGUUGAGAAAUCUCUUCAAGUGUUCGCCAAGCGAAUGACCAAAACUAUUCUACAUAAUCUCGAAAGUGUCGUAUCGAUAAAUGACUCUUUCAAUUCCGAGUUAAAAAGACUGAAAUCGCUUGUUUGUAGUUUUAAGGAUGACGCCCGGUUCACUGGUGUUGAUUUCAAUCUAGUUCAUUCACGUUUCGCAAACUUGAUCGUGGGUUAUUUGAAAAACGCUGAUAACUUAGAAUGUGAUAGCAACACGAUCAGCAAGAUUCAAAAGUGUUUUCAGCAAAUUAUCGAUGCACGAAAACGAGUGUCUGCUGAAAAGAGCUUCAGAUCACAAUUUGACAAGAAAGAGCAGCUGCAGUGUGUCUCCGAAUUUAUUUUAGAAUAUUUGAAAACAGAUGCUGAGCAUAUUCUUCCUGAAAACUUGAAAACAGAACAAAUUUGCCUUAAUGUGUGGGAGAAAGGAAAAGAAUGCACGUGUCAUUGGGAAAAUACUGCUAAUCGGAAAUUCAGCAGAAGGAAACGUUUCGAAUUGAUGGGCCAAAAUUGCGUUGACAGUUCAAGAAAUGCAGCUGGAGACCAGAACCACGAAGAGGACAAUGAUUUAUGGGAAAAUGCAGAGGACAGCAGUACGGAAAAUUCUGAUAUGGAGGAGGAUGAGGAGAUAUUUUGGUCCGAUGUUGGUUCUACGGAUAGCGAUUACGAUUUCUAUACACCACCUGAGAGUCCUUCAAUGCUGGAACAGGAUAUCAAAGAUGAAUUAUUUGAAUCCUAUAAAAUUUACUUACUAGGAAAUGAGCCAACAAAACGUGACUUAGAUGUCAUCAAUGCCUUAUUCAACACUCAAAUCAGUCGAGACCAAUAUCCACAUAUCCACCGCUGGCGGGCAGCGGUCUUACGACAUUCACUCGAGGAACGUGACAACUUUCCAUCACCCUCAGUAGUCGCAGAGCGUCGUUCUGAGAAAAAUAACAUAAGCAAUAGAUUCUUACUGGCGCGUCGACUUUUCUCCUCGCCCCUUCGCUCGUUCUCAUCCCCAUCGAAACAAAGCGAUUCCAGCAGUGGCGGAGAUUCCCUUAAUGCAUGGAGGCGUAGCAGUGACAGCAGCAAUAAUUCAUUUAUAGGAUCGUCACCGUCAACUACAAGUCGUGCCAAUUUGAGUUUAACGUUCAUGAAUGUUUCCGAUAUUUAACAUAGGUUUGUAAAUGUCUGAGUCAAAUGUAUAAUAUUGGAUAUUAUUAGAAUAAAAGUUGCGAGAUAUCAACGGACAUUGUAAAGGAAAAUAUAAUUUCAUCAAAUGUACGCUAGAAGAUGAUGUUUGUUACACGAAUUCGUAAAAAGUAUGUUCUAUGCUUGUAGAAUUAGUUUUGGACCUCUGGAGUGCUGAAGGUUAUUUAACAUUCAAAGUAUUCUCUCCUAAUAAUGUGCUGAUAAGUUUAUUCUGUGCAAAUCUUUUAUCAUGUUCACCUUACUCAUAUCAUUUUGGAUAACAUUUCAUUUAAAUAAGAAUCGCCAAAUCUAUUAAUGAACGAUGUACUCGCGCUUCAAAACACUCCAACUUUGCAGUCAUUCUCGCGCCACCCCAGAGUUUCAAAACGGAAAUUCAAUCCCCCAAAAAUGUGCAGCACUGGGAAAAGCCAAUCGAAAAGAUUAUUUGUUACGAACAAAAGCAUGUGUAAAUAAAAUUUAAAAAAAGAAACAAAAAUUGGUUCAUCUUCAGGUUGACGUAGAGCCAAAAAUUAAACAUUCAUCAGAGAUCUUCCACGAAUCGGUACACACUAUACAUUGUAAGGAACCCAAGAACUAAUUAGACAAAACAAUUUUGCAUUUUUUAUAAUAGAGAAGCGAUUUAUGAUUCCAAUAAUUAAAUAAAAUCGGAAGAAUAAGAAAAAAACAUAACGGAAACAAGUUUAUUCAGAGGUUUUUCCUGUGCUCUGUGUUCGAAUUGCAUUUCGUCGUUGUAUUUACUUUAUUUGUUUACGGUUUCGUUUGAAACAAUCCAAUUUGCUUCUACAUAUUUAUAUGUGCCUCUCUCAUACAAUGUUUUAUUCGUUUUACAUGUUUUCUUUUGUGAUUCCACUUUCUUAAUAUGUUAUAUUUAAUAGUAAUAAUUUGCAAUAAACUUUUGAAAG